ACGUCUCUCCGACAGACGGUGUCCGGCUCCCAUCGUUCACUUAAAAGAUUAUUUUUUAUUAUUUUGUCUCUCAGAGAUCAAGAUCUUCUCGGUCACAAUGAAUUCUCUGAUUUUCCUGCUUCUUGUGGGAAUACACGGCGCGACGGCAGCGACUCACUCUCUGAAGUAUUUCUACACUGCUUCCUCUCAAGUCCCAAACUUCCCAGAGUUUGUGGCUGUUGGGUUGGUUGAUGAUGUUGAGACGUUUCACUAUGACAGCAACACCAGGAGAGCAGAGCCGAAACAGGACUGGAUGAACGAGGCAGCAGAUCCUCAGUACUGGGAGAGGGAGACUGGGAGUUUUUCAGGUGCCCAGCAGACCUUCAAAGCCAACAUUGAAACUGCAAAGCAGCGCUUCAACCAAACUGGAGGAGUCCACGUUGCCCAGAAGAUGUAUGGCUGUGAGUGGGACAAUGAGACUGGAGAGGUUAAAGGUUAUGAUCAACACGGUUAUGAUGGAGAAGAUUUCAUAGUGUUUGACUUCAAGACAAAGACAUGGAUCGCUCCAACACCACAGGCUGUCAUCACCAAACUCAAGUGGGACAAUAACAAAGCUAAGAUCGCACAGGAUGAGCAGUACCUGAACCAGAUCUGUCCUGAGUGGCUGAAGAAGUAUGUGAACUAUGGGAGGAGCUCUCUGCUGAGAACAGAGCUUCCCUCAGUGUCUCUCCUCCAGAAGACUCCCUCCUCUCCAGUCAGCUGCCACGCUACAGGUUUCUACCCUCACAGAGCUGUGAUGUUCUGGAGGAAAGAUGGAGAGGAGCUUUAUGAGGACGUGGACCAAGGAGAGAUCCUCCCCAACAAUGAUGGAAGCUUCCAGAUGAGAGUUGACCUGAACAUUUCAUCAGUCACACCUGAAGACUGGAGGAGGUACGACUGUGUGUUUCAGCUCUCUGGAGUGAAGGAGGACGUCGUCACCAAACUGGACAAAGCAGCAGUUGAGACUAACUGGGACAGACCUGGAGUCAGAGGUGAUGGAGAGUUCCCCUCUGCUGCUGUCAUUGGAGUUGUUGCUGGACUGCUGCUCGUCCUGGCAGUCUGCACAGCUGGAUUCCUCAUCUGGAGAAGACGCAAUCAAAGACAAAGAGGGUUUAAACGUGCCAGCACUUCAGACACUUCAUCGUCAUCAGCUGAAGCUCCAGUUUCUAACUGAUCACAGAGACCGGCCAAGAUCAGAGGAUGAUGAUGAUGAAGACCAACCAAUGAUUUCACCAUCAACGUCUGAGUUUCUGCUUCUAAAUUACAACAACAGACACAAAAUCAAGAAAAUGGAAUUGGUGAAAUGUGCUUUCAUUUCUGAUAGUUUCAUCUUUGAUCAUCAUUCACACUCUUUACCUGCGUUCUUGCUUCAGUCCUGUGAACACACUGUGCUGCCACUGCUGGUACACACAGGUGUGUUUUCUUUUUGUUAAAUGUGUGACAGUCGGAGCGGGCACAGGUAUUCCUAUAACACUUAAUGACUAAAUAACAUCUGGAGAGAACAGAUGCUGCCCUCCAGCUGCUUCUGCAGAUGUGUUGUGGAGAGGGAUCACUGCAGCAGCUACAGGAGACCAAAGACACGAGGAGAGAGAGAAAGAAGAGCAGAGAGCCACGGCCAUGUUUGUUAGUGAAUGAACAAUACGUCCCGUGUUUGGAUUUAUCAUCGACCUUGAACUAAAUUUGUCACUUUUUUUCUAUUCCAGUGUUUGACAGAGUUAAAGUGAAGCAGACUUAGGUUGGACACACUUCUGCUGGGAUGCUGGUGUCUCUCCGUCCACUGUUAUUUCAUUGUACAGCCGUUUAAAUCUCUCAUUGAUGGUGUGUAAACGAUCUCUCACCUGUACAGCUGUUUUAGUGCGGUCUACAAGAAGAUACUAUCAGCUUUUCUUCUGUGGUGAACUGGAUUUUGUUUGUUAGAAAUGACUCCAGGUACAAAUUAUGUGUAGAUAAAAAUGAUUUUAUAAUCUAGUGUUUGAUUAGAAUUAUUCUCAGAGUUUUGAUGGGUUCUGUUUAUCUGUCUCUUUCUUUGGGAUCUGUUCUGUCAUUAUAAUUGUGUGUGUGUGUGUGUGUGUGUGUGUGUGUGUGUGCUGCAGUGAUAUUUGAUACUUAAACUUUUACAGAUUAGGGUUUUAUAAAUGAAUAAAAU